AUGAAACGAAAACCGAGCCUUCGAAUGGUAGUCGUGGCUCUACUGGUGUCCCUAGGCGGUUCAUUCCAUUUUGGUUACCAACUGGUAAUCACGAAUCCAGCUCAGAGUGGUUUCAUGCAAUUUCUCAAUGAAUCCUUACAAUCUGAACUUCACAUAACAGCAAGCGACAAUGCAUUAUCUCAAAUAUGGAGUUUUAUUGUCGCUAUACUAUUUCUUGGUGCACUUGCUGGAUCUUUUUCAAUUCGAUUAGUUGCUGAUCGAAUUGGACGAAAACAAGGGCUUUAUGUGUCAACCGCAAUCGGUGUUAUCUCAGCCGGUCUCUCAGUAGGGUCAAAGUUUAUUCCCAGUGUUAUAAUGUACUCAGUUUCUCGAGUAACUAUUGGUUUUUCUGUCAGUUUAAGUUUGGGCUUGGCGGCACUGUUUCUGUCAGAAUCAAGCCCUAAAGAAUGUCGCGGUGCAAUUGGAAUGAUAACUGGUACUUGUGUGCAAUUUGGUACCGUUGUUGGAUCAGUUAUAGCAAUGCCUCAAGUUUUGGGUACCUACGAUCUCUGGCCGUAUAUAUAUGUUAGUGAAAUUGCAAUGAUGCUAGUGUGUGUAACAUUUUUCCCGCUUCUUCCAGAAACACCAGGCUUUCUCGUACAACGAGGAGCUCUGGAAGCUGCAAAAAAGUCGCUCAAGUUCUACUACAAAUGUAAUGAUGAGGCUGCUGAUCAGCACCUGUCUCAUAUCAAGGAAGAACAAAAACGGUACACCAAGGUUUAUACAAUGACCGACGUGAUGAAGAAGGGGUCGUUGAGGAAAAAGACGUUUAUUGGCAUGGUAGUAAUGUUCGCGAUGUCGUUCAGUGGUGUAUCAGUCAUUAACGCAUAUGCGGUGGAAAUACUGCUUAGCACCGGACUGAAUUCGCUCGAAGCCUCGUUGGCUAAUUUCGCUAUUGUGAUCUCGUCCAUGGUUGUGGACAAAUUUGGACGACGACCUCUACUUUUGAUGGCUUUCAUGGGCUGCCUGAUCUGCAAUCUACUUAUAUUUGCACUCAUGUUAUCAUUCGACAAGUUAGGGUAUCACAUAAUUGGCUUUAUUUUGAUAUUCGUGAUCUGCGUCUUCAUUAUAUUCUUCGCUAUUGGACCUGGUCCAUUGUGUUACUUUAUCACCGCUGAACUAGUUGGACAAGCGGCUCGAAGUGGAGCACAGAGCUGGGCUAGUGUUGUGCAAAUGUUAUGCCGUUUUAUAAUUGUAACAAUAUUCCUGCCAAUGAAAAAUGGAAUUGGCGAAUCAUGGUCAUACCUCAUACUAUUUGUGGCACCCGUUAUCGCAUCCAUAAUCUUCUUGUACUUUAAACUGCCUGAAACAAAAAACAAAACUCCGAUCGAGGUAAGAAAUGUCGACUCGUUCGUUCAGUUCCGUCAGGACUGA